UCGAAGCUGUAUUUCUUGUUUUUUUGUCGGAAAAUAUUACUUUAACUUACUACAAAUAUACACCAUUGAUAUUAUAUCUACAUAUGUUUAAGUCAGCGCAUGUUUAACAGCAAUAAACUACAAUUUAUUUCUCCUGUUCAAUUCAUCUUCAGCGAGGCUUUUGUUUUGAAAGGAGUUUUGAACUUCCGGCUCGGCAGAAACAUUAUUGACACUUUGGCCGCGGCGGGAUGCAAAAUAAUGAUUCAGACGGAGCUGAAAAGUCUCAACGGUCGCUGGUUUUCUUCGACCUGGAGACCACCGGGCUCGGUCAGACGUGUGAGAUGGUCCAGCUGGCUGCAGUGAGCGGAGGUCACUCUCUCAACCUCUACGUCAUCCCUCGCUGUCGGAUGGAGCGAGGAGCAGCCAGAGUGACGGGCUUCAGGGUCCGCAGACACCGACUCUACCUGCACCGCCGGCUGGUCCUCACCAACUCUCUGCGGGAGGUCCUGGUCUCCUUCAUCGCCUUCCUCCACAUGCUGGGGCGCCCCCUCGUCAUCGGACACAACAUCCGGCGCUUCGACUGCCCGCUGCUGGCCCGGGCUCUGGACCAGCUGGACCUCAGAGGGGAGUUCGAGGCGGCGGUCUCGGGCUACGUGGACACUCUACCGCUGGCCCGCGAGAUGCUGAAGGAGCGCGGCCUCCAGAGUUUCCGGCAGGAGAACCUGGUGAGGGAGCUGCUGGGGCUGGACUACAAGGCCCAUGAUGCUUUGGAGGACGUUCGGGCUCUACAGGCUCUUUACAGCGUGCUGCAGCCCACAGCAGAGCUGGUCUGCAGGCACCGGUUCACCCUGGACACCAUGGGACUCAAACCUGCUGCUCCACCUAAAGGGAGCGGGGGGGGCAGCAGCACAGCGCCCCCUGUGGGAACAUUUCAGACACACAGUGAAGCUCUCAGAGAGCAAAGAAGACAAGGACACGAAGGAAAACAUGAAACUCACCGUGUGACUGUUUAACUCAGGGAUGGGCAACUUAAAUGCUGCAGGGGGCCACAAUGUUUCAUGUUCACUACCACAGGGCCACAUAUAGGAGCGUGCACUUAACCAGAUAUGAUGAAACUGCAAUUUUAAAUAUGUUUACAGUGCAGUAACUUAACAUAUUUCAUGCUCAAAUACAUGUUUAACAGUAUAAAUAGGAAUACAAAAGGUUUGAAGCAAACAAAAAAUAACCACUUACUGUGAUUUCUUUAUUUUUCAGUGCAAGAACAGCAGACUAACAUUAAUUGCAAGAAGUAAUUUUGUGCAUUUUUACACUGCACUUUUAAGAUCAGAAAAAAAAAGAUUUAAAAUCACAUUUUAUGUUGGACUAAAGGACCAAGACACAAAAAUGACAAUAGACACAAUGACCAAAAAAAAGACAUUUCACACAAAAUGACCCAAGAAAAGACACAAAAUGACCCAAAAAAAGACCCAAAAUGACUCAAAAAAGACUCAU